AUGAGGAAUACACGAUUCAGUUCAUUUAAGUCAAAGUUCAAGAACACAGUAGAAACGACGUUGAAUCUUGAAGACGACAAUGAAGAUUUCGUUGCUGAACCUGAAGAACAAAUUCAUGAAGAAGAACAUGUGAACCAAGAAAGAAGGUCAAAGAAAAAGCUUGAUAAAUCAGUUAAACAAAAGACAACUCCUAAACCUUUAAAUGCACUACUUUUGGAAAGAGAGAUAAGGUCGAAGAGGCAAUUUGAUAGAGUUCCAAUUGUAAAACAUUUAAAAAAUAAGGCAAUUGCUAAAUCUGUCAAAGAGGAAAAAGAAGAUAAUGUUAGAAAAACAAAUAAGGAAUACCCACCUGGUUUAAGAUACCUUCCAACCAGAAUGAAAUGUGAUAACGUCACUGCAGCUGUUAUGGGAAUGUUGCCGGAAUAG